AUGCACAGACGACCAAGGACACAGCAGCAGCAGCAGCAGCAGCAGCGGUGGUGGAGGCAGCGGAAGCCGCAGCGGGAGCAGGACCAGCGGGACCAGCAGCCGGAGGAGGACCAGCAGCAGGAGGAGGACCAGCAACAGCAGCAGGAGCAGGAGCAGCAGCAGCAGCAGCAGAAGGAAGCAAGGAGGCAGCAACGAAUAGCGCGAUUUGCUGCAUUUGCUGCAGCAAUAAAAGUUCGAGGCGCAAGUCGUACAGACAGCGGAGUACAUGCUGCAGGAGCACUGUGUGAAUUAGUGGCGCCACCCUACGCGGACUUCAAGUUGCCGCAACAGGAGCAGCAGCAGCAGCAAGAUGCUGCUCCUCAGCAGCAGCAAGAGCAGCUGCAGCAAGAGUAUCAGCAACAAGAUCAGCAGCAGGUCGACGUGCAGCAGGAGCAGCAGCCACAGGAGAAGCAGCCACAACAGCAGCAGCAACAGCAGCAGGAGCUGUUAACUAGGGAGACACUGCAGCAACUGCAGCAGCAACUAAACAUGUUGCUGCCAGCAGAUGUUCGUGUGCUGCAGGUAGCAGACAUGCAGCAGCUGCAGCAUUUGAAUUUACCGCAGCAGCAGCAGCAACAGCAACAGCAGCAGCAGCAGCAGCAAAGGUUGCAGCAGCCGCAGCUGCUGCUGCCUGGUCUAGUAGUAGGCAAGACAUACCUGUACACCUUGGCGCUGCAGCAGCACAUGCAUCCGCUACUGCGCAGCAGCUGCUGGUCUUUGCUGCAUGAUGGUCGCGUAAUUGUUAGCGCAGCCCGUGCUGCUGCUGCUGCUGCUGCUGCAGAAGCAGCAGCAGCGGCUGCUGUUCCUGCUGAAUAUGCAGCAGGAAUCAAUGAGUUGCUGCAGCACCAUAAGGUGCAGCAGCAGGAGGAGGAAGCAGCAGCAGAUGCGCUGCUGCAGCAGCAGCAACACGUGCAUUUCCGUGCUAAGCACAGAGGGGACUGCCCUCCUCCUUCUCCUAUUUGCUGCAUCUCCUCAGUACAGCUGCAGCAAAUAACAUUUAAUCCUUGGCCUAUACCGUGCGGAGAGCAGUUGGACUCCCAACCUCACGGGUAA